UUUGUUUCCAUUCUUAUCUUUGCACAAAGCGACCAAGCAACAACGUCUUACACUUACACGCAUGUCAAAAAAAAAAAAAAAAGACACAAUAAACUGAUAAAGCUAACUCAUUAGGCAUUGUCGUGCAAGGUUGUUUUGUUUGUCCUAAGAAAGCAACUCCAUUUAAGGUUUUUUUAUUAAUGUUAAUUUUCUUUUGUUAUAACUGUUUCCUGAAGUCAUUUUUGUCAUUUCCUUCCAAGAUAAGUGUGUUAAGGAAAAACCUGUGCCUUUAAAUACAAGAAGCAAAAACAAAGUGUGAAUCAUUUCCUUCUUGUUUUGGUUCGUUCUCUAUGCUUUUGAAAACCCAAAAAGGCAAUGAAAGCAACGCAGAUUCUGUUCGUUUUGCUUUGGUUCCUCAGCAUUUAUACACAAGCUUCGUUUUGCGCCAAUGUUACCUACGACCACAGAGCAUUGGUCAUCGAUGGCAAGCACCGUGUCUUAAUCUCUGGUUCAAUUCAUUACCCUCGGAGUACUCCAGAGAUGUGGCCAGAUCUUAUUCAGAAAUCCAAAGAUGGAGGACUUGAUGUGAUUGAGACCUAUGUUUUCUGGAACUUACAUGAACCAGUUCGAGGCCAGUAUAAUUUUGAAGGAAGGGGUGAUUUGGUGAAAUUUGUGAAGGCAGUAGCAGCUGCAGGUCUAUAUGUGCAUCUCCGGAUUGGUCCAUACGCAUGUGCUGAAUGGAACUAUGGUGGUUUCCCUCUUUGGCUGCAUUUUAUUCCUGGAAUUCAGUUCAGAACUGAUAAUGAACCGUUCAAGGCAGAAAUGCAGCGAUUCACUGCUAAGAUUGUGGAUAUGAUGAAGCAAGAGAACCUCUAUGCGUCACAGGGAGGACCAAUUAUUUUGUCUCAGAUUGAAAAUGAGUAUGGGAACAUUGAUGGGCCAUAUGGUCCUGCUGCUAAAUCCUACAUCAAAUGGGCAGCAUCAAUGGCAAUAUCUCUUGAUACUGGGGUUCCCUGGGUCAUGUGUCAGCAAGCAGAUGCUCCUGAUCCAAUUAUUAACACAUGCAAUGGAUUUUACUGCGAUCAAUUCACACCAAACUCUAACAAAAAACCAAAAAUGUGGACUGAGAAUUGGAGUGGAUGGUUUCUUUCAUUUGGUGGUGCUGUGCCUUACAGACCUGUGGAAGAUCUUGCAUUUGCUGUAGCACGUUUUUACCAGCGAGGUGGAACUUUUCAAAAUUACUAUAUGUAUCAUGGAGGGACCAACUUUGACCGGAGUUCUGGUGGACCUUUCAUUUCUACUAGUUAUGAUUAUGAUGCACCAAUUGAUGAGUAUGGAAUUAUUAGACAGCCUAAGUGGGGCCACCUUAAAGAUGUGCAUAAGGCCAUAAAGCUUUGUGAAGAAGCACUGAUAGCUACUGAUCCAACAAUUACAUCUCCUGGUCCAAAUCUAGAGGCUGCAGUUUACAAGACAGGAGCUGUAUGUGUUGCCUUCCUUGCCAACAUCGCCUCGUCUGAUGCAACGGUAACCUUUAACGGCAAUUCAUAUCACUUGCCUGGAUGGUCUGUGAGCAUCUUACCAGACUGCAAGAAUGUAGUGCUUAAUACUGCAAAGAUUAAUUCUGCAUCUAUGAUUUCAAGCUUCACAACUGAAUCUUUAAAAGAAGAGGUUGGUUCUUUGGAAGAUUCUAGCUCAGGGUGGAGUUGGAUUAGUGAACCUAUUGGUAUUUCAAAGAAUGAUUCAUUCUCAAAAUUUGGAUUACUAGAGCAAAUAAAUACGACAGCUGAUAGAAGCGAUUAUUUGUGGUACUCAUUAAGCAUUGAUCUUAAAGAUGAUGCUGGAGCUCAAACUGUCCUUCACAUUGAAUCCCUUGGUCAUGCCCUUCAUGCUUUCGUUAAUGGGAAGCUUGCAGGGAGUGGAACAGGCAACAGUGGCAAUGCUAAGGUCAAUGUGGACAUCCCCAUCACAGUUGUGGCAGGAAAAAACACAAUUGAUCUCCUGAGUUUAACUGUGGGACUUCAGAACUAUGGAUCUUUUUUUGACACAUGGGGUGCGGGGAUCACUGGCCCAGUGAUAUUGAAAGGUUUGAAGAAUGGCAGUACUAUUGAUCUCUCCUCCCAGCAAUGGACAUAUCAGGUUGGCCUUAAAGGUGAAGACUUAGGUCUGUCUAGUGGAAGUAUUGGACAAUGGAAUUCACAAUCUACCUUACCUAAGAAUCAACCAUUGACUUGGUACAAGACAAACUUUGUUGCUCCCUCCGGCAGUAACCCAGUUGCAAUUGAUUUCAUUGGGAUGGGAAAAGGUGUGGCUUGGGUGAAUGGACAGAGCAUUGGGCGAUACUGGCCUACAUAUGUCUCUUCAAAUGGUGGUUGUACCGACUCAUGCAAUUAUAGAGGGUCUUAUAGUUCAUCCAAAUGUCUCAAGAACUGUGGAAAACCAUCACAGACAUUAUACCAUGUACCACGAUCAUGGUUGCAACUAGAUAGCAACACUCUUGUAUUGUUUGAGGAAAGUGGAGGCGACCCUACACAAAUCUCUUUUGCUACAAAACAGAUAGGAAGUGUGUGUUCACAUGUAUCUGAAUCUCACCCUCCACCUGUAGACAUGUGGAAUUCAGAUACAGAAGCAGGAAGAAGAAUAGGACCUGUAUUAUCACUCGAGUGCCCUUAUCCUAAUCAGGUGAUCUCUUCCAUUAACUUUGCAAGUUUUGGAACCCCUCAUGGGACUUGUGGGAAGUUCAACCAUGGACGCUGCAGCAGCAAUAGUGCUCUAUCCAUUGUGCAAAAGGCCUGCAUUGGAUCAAGCAGUUGUAGUAUUGGAGUAUCAAUUCAUACAUUUGGAGAUCCAUGUAAAGGAUUGACAAAGAGUUUAGCUGUUGAAGCUGCUUGUACGUAGACAUGCAUGUUGCUUCAAACCUUACUACUUUCUAGGUAGGACUUGGCUGACUAGCACUCCACAAAUGUAUUAGACUCGUAGUUGAAGAUGAUUCCUGAUAAGCCAAAGUAAAAUGGUAUUCUAGUAGUAAACCAGUUAAAAAAAUGUAAAACAAAACAGUGUGUAGUUACUUGCAAGUUGCAAUA